CCAGCCAAAGCCAGCAAUUUCUCUUCCCCCUGAAGCAUCCAAAGCAUCCCAUUCCCUUCCCACUCAUCCAUAUAAAACGCACCUCACCUUCCAUUUCGUUCUCUGCAUAUUCUCCAAAACGACACAAACCCACAGAGAGAGAGAGAGAGAGAGAGAGAGAGAGAGAUUUGAUGGGGUCGGGGAAGGCGACGAAGGCGAUAUGGCUAAAGAAGGUGAUGAGGAGGCCGUGGAGGUUGUCGUCGUUUCGCUUCAAGAGAUUGGAUCUCCAAACGACCAUCAUGGACACCGUCGUUUUCAAGAUACUCUCUGUCGUUGAAGCCGUGGUGCUCGUAUCUACCCUCUGCUUCUUCUUCCUCUGCUGUGGUUGCCACUUCUGAUUAGUAUCUCAGUUUUCUCAGUUCCGCCUCUUUCAUCUUCAUCAUCUUCUACUUCUUCUUUCCUUUUUAAUUUCAUUCAUUUAAUUUUUACAUAAACGCUUCUUCUGUUCCGACAGUGGGGCUGUUUUGUUUGUCAAUAAAAAAAGGGCUUCUGUUUGUAAUACUAUUAAUUAGUGAUGACACUUCUUUUUGUAUACUUAAUUAUUAUAAAUGAAAUAGCUUAAACAA